AUGACUCGACACGCAUUCACUCAAGUUCGCGAAGCUCAGCGCCUACGCCAACUCAAAAAUGUCGAACUCCUGGAGAAUGCCGAUUUCAAAGUUCGAAACUGGGUUGAUUCAACAAUCAAGGACGCAGAGGAAGCUACCCGGGAUAUGGCAGCAUUGAUCGAGCCCGCUCGCGUAGAUCAAGAGACGCGUGGUGAGGGGGGAUCGCAUCUUGGGAAACGAAUGCUCUGGGCACUGCGCAACAACACUCAACGCGUGGAGAAAAAGCGAAGUUACUUACUACUUUGUUUGGGGAGCCUCGCCCCAGUAAUCAGUUAUCUCCAUCAACUUACUUAUUCGGAAUAUCCCGUGGAUGCAGACGACGACCAAGCGCGCCCGUCCUUACCGACAAACUUUGACGAAAUUAGUCAAGUGAAUAUUGGGAGACACCGGGCAGGCUCAAAGAAUUUUAGUAGUAGCAUAUCUCUUGUUCUCCCUAGUGAAGUUGAGUCUCUGGUAUCUGCAGAAGAGAUGCCUAGAAAAGGGACUCAGGAAUCUGUUGCUAUUAACCAGGAAGUUAGCGAAAUGCUUUCCUGGCGUCGAUCAAAACAGUCCGAUGCGACCAAGCCCCAGUCUCAAUUCGUAGCGGAGUUGGAGAGUAUUGCCCCAUCUGAGCGAUAA